CCAAUAAACACGUCCGGGGGCCACCGGAUGUUGCCAAAGCGGCACCGAAGCGCCUGCGAAGUGAGUUUUAGUCCAACAAAAUGUGUCUCCAAAGUGUUUGCAAGGUUUCCAAUGGGUGCUUUUGAAAACCCCGGUGGUCUACGUUGUCCUUAUAUUCUCUGUUGGUGUCGGGAGAAGCCCCGGCCUCGGUGCUCUUGCUGUGUCUUAACUAAAUCGUGGACCAUGAUGGAGCAAAGAAGAGCCUUAACUAUUCCAUUGAAUGUUGACCACGAUAAACGGGUGGAAAACCCACUCAAAAUCUCCAUGCCACGUCUGUCAUCACAUUGUGGAAAGUCAGAAAGACAGGUUUCCUGGACGGCAUUUGCAGGUUGCAAACGCAGACAUGGAAGUUCGGAGCAGAUCAAUGGAUCCGAGCGGUUGGAUCAGAAGGUCGAAUCAUUGGAAAUUGUCAGGAGGAAGCCCUGUCUGAUCUUGACCGACGUCCUAGAGACAGAACCGGGCAAGGCGUAUAUGGAAAGGAUCAAACGGGGCCGCCCGUUGGGAAGUCGGAUGUUGCAUUCAGGGAGGGAGAGCGGUCGAUCCGAAAAGGAACCUCUCGUCCGCAGAGAUGUGAGGUGCAGAUGGAGUGAGUCCAGGAAUGACGAGAGCAAGAGUGUCGCCCCUAAAUGCAACCAGAGCACCACCUCGUCCCCCCUGCAUAGGUCGACUCUCAAGAGAAAAUCACAAAAUGGGGACGAUGAAGUGGACAUAGAGGAAGAUAUUGAAGAGCUCGUAACAGGAGAGGACAGAGAUGACUUAACAUUCACGGACGUUGUAGAUUGCGGUUUGUCAGUGAGCUGGGAGCCUGCCGUGGACACAGGGCGCUGUGACGACUUCAUCAAGGACAGGUUGACUGAUCCAGAAAAAGAAAUGGAGCACAGUGCGCAGAAGAGGAAAAAAAAGGAUGCGGGCUCCCAGGUCAACGGGACCGGCAGCCACAACCACCACCGCGAGAGUGUCCUGCGUCUCACCGGAGAGGACGGAAGAGAUGGAGGACAGGACCCAGCGUGCGUUUAUCUGGAAGGAAGCGAAGAGGAUGCAGAUUUGGAAAACCUGGGCCGCAGCAUCGUACAGUCCAGGGUGGGAGUGAAGGAUCCAGCAGAAGUUCUCGUCCCAACCGAGUUGGAAGCCGGAGAGUCCCUUGGUUCCCCCGGGAGGAGUCCAUCGUCUAGCCAGGACCACACAACCGCAACCAGCCCCCCCGAACCCAUUGUGCUGUCCAGUGAUGAUGAGGAGGAUGCUGACCUGGCCUCCGGCGCAGUGAUACAGGGACGAUGCCCGCAGGAUGUAGUGGCCGAUCAGCUGGAAGCUUCUGACGUAGAAGACAUCCAGGUAUUUCCGGGAGUUGCAAAUCUUUCCGGCUCAACGAAAGAUUCAAUUCCCAGUAUGGGCUUCUCCUUCUCCACGCUGUACUGUGGAGGUUACCAAGUGAAAGCAAAUGGAGACUUCAUGAUAGCCGACCAGCAAAUCACAAUCCCGCUCACAGAAGCUGUUGAGGGGGCAGAGGUGACUUUAACCGUGGACCGUAAGGACCUGAGGAGGUACAGCGUGUGGGAACAGCAGGACCUGGAGGACCGGGGGCUUCGCUUUGAGGACGACGAGCAGCCUUCCCCCGCUGCGAUCCUGUUUUGUGUGUCAGAAAGUGCCGCUGCUGCUGUGCAUCGAGAGCUCCUGGAGCGGUGUGUCCCACAAAACGGAAACACGAGCUCUGGCCCCUUCAGCGAAGUGAGCCCCUUCAUUCUGCUGACGCUGAAAUACCCCGUGGAAGGAGUGGAGGGGGCUUUGUUACGCUCCCUCCUGGACAUUGACUGUCUCAACAGUCUGACACAUGAACAAUCCACCGGCAACUUGGACGCAUGUAGCUGUUUGAAGGGCUUCCACACUCCUGUCCUUUCUCUGGAUGACAGCGUAGAGCUGAUCAGAAGAACUGGCCUGGGCUCUCAUCUGCUGUCUCUGCUCGGCCUGCAGACCGCCGACUCUCGUCCGGGCUCAGACCAGGACGGUCCACAUUCCGACACCGACAAUGACGGCGCAGCACACAUCCAGCUGCAGGUUGAGACGCAGGCGCAGACCGAGCUGGAGCGGGAGGCAGAAAAAGACCCAAAGACACAACUCAAACCGGACCAGGUUCAGGAAAAACCGGUGGAGCCCCGCCCUAUUUAUACACUGUGCCAUCGUAGAACCAAAGGAUCCUUCUCCGUGUCCAUGUGUAAACCUCGCUCAAGCUUGAUUAAAUUCAAGCACCAGGGCCUGGCUCGUAGGUUGAUCCAGUUUCCCCCUCCGCCGUUGAAAGGAGGAAUAACCGUCACAAUGGAGGACCUGCGCUGCCUUGACUGCGGGCACUUCCUAAAUGAUGUGAUCAUUGACUUUUACCUCAAAUACCUCCUCCAGAAUGCUUCUGCUGCGUUGGCCGAGCGCUGCCACAUCUUCAGCAGCUUCUUCUACAAGCAGCUGACACGGAGGGACAACGCCAGCGAGGGCGUCACCAGCGACUCUGAUCAGAGGCAGAAGCGGCACCAGCGGGUGAAGACGUGGACACGCCACGUUGACAUCUUCGAAAAGGACUUUCUGUUUGUUCCUGUCAACCAGGAGGCUCAUUGGUAUUUAGUGCUCAUCUGCUUUCCCGGACUGGACGAGGCAAAGUCGGAGACCUGGAGCGGUCCAGACGGCGAGUCGCGGGACCGAGAGGCGGCUCGGGGCUCCGAAAGCCCGAAUGACAGCCAGCAGACGCCGGGCACAUCAAUCCACGAGGACGGCUUGGACACCGAGACAGAAAAGCCUUCGGACGAUUCCACUAAAGAACCGUCGCCUGGUCCAGUGAGCUGCACAGAGCAGACCUGCCAGAAGCGAUCUGUUAGCAAGAGGCCGUGUAUUCUUAUCAUGGAUUCCCUGAAGCUCUCUCUUCACGAGCGGGUCUUCAAAUUGUUACGAGAUUAUCUGCAAGCCGAAUGGGAGGUGCGUCGUGGUUCCACGAGAGACUUUAGUCCCGAUCAGAUGCAAAGCUCGCACUGCAAAGUUCCCCUCCAGGACAACAGCAGUGACUGCGGCCUUUACCUCCUCCAGUACGUCGAGAGUUUUUUGAAGGACCCUGUGGUGCACUUUGACCUCCCGCUACAUCUACAAAAAUGGUUUCCCCGGCAGCAGGUGCGGCGGAAACGAGACGAAAUCCGCGAUCUGGUCCUUUACCUUCACCGAAAUCAGAACCAUGGUAGUGACGGAUGAGAAGGGUGGAGCGGCCGUUCGCUCCAUCACAUUCCCGUAGCCAUAAUGUCAGCGUGAACUAAAAGGAUUUCCUUUACGUUGGAUACUGUUCUUCUGUUCUAUGUUAACUUGAGCAAAACAUGUUAUCAAAACAUCUGUCUUUGGCUCCUGUGAGUUAAGGCAUCAGUGGAUUUAUGAUGAUCAAGUAGCUCUUUUGCAGUAGAUUAGAUCUGGAUGUGAAACUCUUUCUACAUCCCACAACCUUUUACAAUUUUUUUUAAUGCAGCAAGAUCUUUUUAUAAAAGCAAUUUUUUGUAUUUAUUUUUAAUAGGAACGUGUGUAAACAGGAUUUAACAGUAAAGCAGAGUUUGUACAGCAAGUUUUACUUUUAUUUUUUAAUAUUUUAAGGUCAUGUGUUACUUUUUUUAAUCUGUCAUUGGUUUUUCGAUUCAAAGCUCUUCUGGUUCUUCAUUCUUCGAAUAGAUUCACUGAAUAAACGCAGCCAUGUCACAUGUCUGAA